AUGCGGAUCAAUAAUAAUAAUUAUUAUCAUCAUAUUAAUGCUGCGUAUUUUCUUCCAAUAUUCACCACAGUAUCGUUGUGUGAUAGUAGGAGACGAACUUCGUUUCUCUCUUGUAGUGUCACAAUGAAUCACGAUUCCGAAUCUCAUGUGAAAAUUUCGCGAACUAUUUAUCGUGGGGUAUCCCCAAGCACAGCUAGACUUGAGAGUCGAGUCCGUGAAUUAGAAGAUCUUUUAGAUUUGGAACGGGAUGCUCGUGUCCGAGCUGAACGACACGCUGUUGACUUAAGCUUUCAAGUCGAUGCACUUUCGGAGCGUUUAGAUGAAGCUGGCGGAUCUACAACUCAAACUCAAGAGUUGUUAAAACGUCGUGAAAUGGAAAUCAAUAAAUUACGCAAAGAUUUAGAGAAUGCUAAUGCUUCACUAGAAUUAGCUGAAACCUCAAUGAGACGUAGACAUCAGACUGCAUUGAAUGAAUUAGCCUCAGAGGUGGAAAAUUUACAAAAACAAAAAGGAAAAGCAGAGAAAGACAAGAGUCAUUUGAUUAUGGAGGUGGACAAUGUUCUUGGACAAUUGGAUGGUGCAAUGAAGGCUAAGCAAUCGGCUGAAUCUAAACUGGAAGGAUUAGAUAGUCAACUGCAUCGUUUGAAAUCUCUGACAGAUGAUUUACAAAGACAACUGAACGAGCUGAACAAUGCUAAAUCCAGACUGACAUCAGAGAACUUUGAACUUCUACGCAUUAAUCAAGAAUAUGAAGCACAAGUUUUGAAUUAUUCAAAGGCUAAAUCUUCUCUUGAAAGUCAAGUCGAUGAUUUGAAACGAUCAUUGGAUGAUGAAGCGAGAAAUCGUUUCAAUCUUCAAGCUCAAUUGACAUCACUGCAAAUGGACUAUGAUAAUCUACAGGCAAAGUAUGAUGAAGAAAGUGAAGAGGCCAGCAAUUUACGCAGUCAAGUCUCUAAGUUCAACGCUGAUAUGGCUGCCCUGAAAUCGAAAUUUGAACGUGAACUUAUGAGUAAAACAGAGGAGUUUGAAGAAAUGAAGCGAAAAUUCACAAUGCGAAUUACUGAACUUGAAGAUACAGCUGAAAGAGAAAGGCUGAAAGCUGUUUCACUGGAGAAAAUGAAGACAAAAUUGACGCUUGAAAUUAAAGAUUUACAAGCUGAAAUUGAAAGUUUGUCAUUGGAGAAUGGUGAAUUAAUGCGUCGUGCAAAAGCUGCUGAAUCAUUAGCCUCUGAUCUUCAACGUCGUGUCGAUGAGCUGACAAUAGAAGUUAACAACUUGUCUUCACAGAAUAGUCAACUUGAAGGUGAAAAUAUGCGAUUAAAGAGUUUAGUAAAUGAUUUAUCUGAUAAGAAUAAUGCCUUAGAACGUGAGAAUCGUCAGUUAAGCGACCAAGUCAAAGAAAUGAAGAGUUCACUUCGAGAUGCUAAUCGUCGUCUAACUGAUUUAGAAGCUCUUCGAUCCCAGUUAGAAGCUGAACGCGAUAAUCUUGCCUCAGCUUUACACGAUGCUGAAGAAGCUCUACGUGAUAUGGAUCAAAAAUAUCAAGCUUCACAAGCUGCAUUGAAUCAUUUGAAAUCGGAAAUGGAACAAAGACUUCGUGAAAGAGAUGAAGAGUUGGAAAGCUUAAGAAAGAGUACUGCUAGAACAAUCGAGGAGUUGACAGUGACAAUAACUGAAAUGGAAGUGAAAUACAAAUCAGAAUUGUCACGUUUGAAGAAACGUUAUGAAGCCAAUAUUGCUGAAUUAGAGAUACAGUUGGAUGCAGCAAAUAAGGCGAAUGCCAAUCUAAUGAAAGAGAAUAAGAAUUUAGCACAACGUGUUAAAGAUUUGGAAACAUUCUUGGAUGAAGAGCGUCGUUUACGUGAAGCAGCUGAAAGUAAUCUUCAGAUCUCUGAACAUAAACGUAUACAAUUAUCAAAUGAAGUUGAAGAAUUACGUAGUGCACUUGAAAAUGCAGAACGUGCACGUAAACAUGCUGAAACUGAAUUAGAAGAGGCUCAAUCACGUGUCAGUGAAUUAACUAUGCAAGUGAAUACAUUGAGUAAUGAUAAACGUCGUCUUGAAGGUGAUAUUGGCGUAAUGCAAGCUGAUAUGGAUGAUGCUAUUAAUGCAAAACAAGCUGCUGAAGACAGAGCAACUAGACUGAAUACUGAAGUUCUCCGUUUGGCAGAUGAAUUACGUCAAGAACAAGAGAAUUAUAAACAUGCUGAAGCUUUACGAAAACAAUUGGAAGUUGAAAUACGUGAAAUUACUGUGAAAUUAGAAGAAGCUGAAGCAUUCGCUACUCGUGAAGGACGUCGUAUGGUUCAAAAACUACAGGCACGUGUACGUGAACUUGAAGCAGAAUUCGACGGGGAAUCACGUAGAUGUAAGGAUGCAUUAGCACAAGCACGUAAAUUUGAACGUCAAUAUAAAGAAUUACAAACACAAGCAGAAGAUGAUCGUCGUAUGGUUUUAGAAUUACAAGAUUUAUUGGAUAAAACUCAAAUGAAAAUGAAAGCAUAUAAACGUCAAUUAGAAGAAAUGGAGGAAGUCUCGCAGAUUACAAUGAAUAAAUAUCGUAAAGCCCAACAACAAAUUGAAGAAGCUGAACACAGAGCUGAUAUGGCAGAGCGUACAGUGACUGUACGUCGAAUUGGUCCAGGUGGACGAGCAGUUUCAGUAGCACGUGAGCUGUCAGUCACAUCAAAUCGCGGUAUGCGUGCAACAAGUAUGAUGUAAAAGCCUUAACACAAACAGACACCCACACACACACAUACAAACACACACAAAUACACACACACAUACCAAAAACAAACCAUACGAAAAUUAGUAUCCAUAAUCAAAAAACGAAAAAGAAAAAUGUUUUCGCUUCUCUGUUUCAAAUUUUUAUCCUCUCUCUCUUUCUCUCGCUCUAUCACACUCCCCUAUUUCGUUCUCCCAAUUUGCCCCCCCUCCCUUUUACCAUCAUUCUUUCUGUUUUAAUGGUGAAAUCUAAAUGCAUUUAGUCAAUUCAAAAAUCUAAUGCGCUUUACAACAUACAAAAAUUUCUCUUCUUCGUCACCUUUUCAUUCGCCUUUUCUUUCCCCUUUCAAAUCUUGGUAAUGAAGAAUUGGGGAGUGCAAGUAAGCCCGUAAAAGGGGAGGGAAUAAAGAAUACCAAUUACAAUUUAUUACUACUAUUAUUAUUAGUAUUAUUAUUACUAUUACUACUCCUUCAAAUUAGCUUUCAGUUACCUAGGCAUGAUUUUCUCAUUCGUUUGUUCCUUUUUUUCUUUCUUUCGUGAAACUGAAGCGCAGUAAAAAAUAAAAGGCGGUAUUCAGUUUUGCUAUUCAACAUACCAACAUAACCCUGGUAUCUUUUAUCCCAACACCCUGUCAGCUCCACUGCCGGGCCUCUUUUAUUUUUUCUCUCUCUUUCUUAAGUUAUACAUAUUUUUUAAAAUUGCCUCCUGUCAACAAAUCGUUCAAUAUACAUUCAAACAAAUAUAUAUAUAUAUUCACACUGGACUCACCGCUUUGUUUAAAUCAACCCACGGAACAACGAAAAUGUCAAAAAGUGAACAGCUUAACUAUCCUAUCUGCUUCCUUUAUUCACCUGUUAUGCAAUUGAGCAAGGAAUGAAGGCAAGUCAAACACACGUAUUCAAACACACACACACACAAACACACAAGUUGUUUAUUCUAUUUAUCACCAGAAUAAUCCUCGCAAUAAUUAGUAUGACUACUGUUAUUGUUGUUAUUAUUAUUAUUAUUGCUGUUCCCCCUUUUUUCAUUUAUUCGUCUCCUGUGUUCCGUCUCUCUGUGUGAGUUAGUGCCAGUCCCCUAGAAAACUGCUCCUCCCUGCCUAUUAAACCAUACGCCGAUAUGGAUAUACACGUAUAUGCGAGAUCCAACGAGAUAAAGUUAUAAGAUAACAGCCAGCAUAUGAGACAGUCAAAACCUAUGCCUUGCUUAGUUUUCAAAUGAUCAUGUUCACGAGCUCUGUCGGUCUGUCUGUCUAUCUGUCUGUUUGUCUGCGUCUCUGGUUUUGUGUUUUUCGUGGUUUAUUUCGCUCGCUCCACUGUACUAUUAUUACUAUUAUUAUUAUUAAUAUUAUUACUAUUGUUAUUACCUUACUGUACCAAAGUAAUCAAACACUCACACUCACACACACACACUUACACACUUACACAAUCUGUUUCUCUUUAUCUCUCCUCUGGUCCUAAAAAAAUAAUCUUGCAAUCUUAAUUUAAUUUAAUACAAUAAAUAGAUAAUCUUUAUUU